AAUUUCUUUCUUUUUGAAAUAAAUAAUGGCAAAUCGAGCAAACAUUUUCAGUCUCAUGCAACGGGAGAGCUACAGCGCACGUGAGAAGGUCAUAAUUUGCCUAUCUCUGUUACUUUUAUUUGCAUCCAGCCAGCAGGACUAAAAAUAAUGGGAACACAGUCCGCUUUCAGCCUGUUUGUUUGGUCAGUUGAGUAAGGAGGUGGGAAUCAGACACGGACAGAGAGGGAAAAAGGAAAAGAAGUGAAGAGAGAUAAUAGGGAGUGUGGCAUCAAGAGGAGGGAGGCACACAUGUGUUGCUUCUAACUGAGAAGUUGGAGGAGAGGAGAAACAAGCAGAGGAGGGGGAAGGAGUGCUUCCUCUUUGGUCUGUCUUGAGCUGCUGAUGCAUCCCAGCAGCCUCUGUAAAUUGCGACAGGAAACCUCCGUAUAAAACGCGGCAGAGGAGGAGGGGGGAUCCUUCGGAGCGCUUCUCAGUCGCAGCAUGACCAAGACGGAGAAGCUGAAACUCUGGAGCUGACAAAACAAUGAGCAGCUUAAUCGACGAACCGCUCAAGACACAGCACUUCAUCAUGGACAGAGAAAACAGUACGAGGAGAAAGAACAUGGGAAAGAACUUCAUAUGCCGACUCCAGUGCAUGUUCUCCCAAACGUCGAGCUUUGAGAGGCUAAGUUUAGAAGAUACCCAACAAUGGUCACAGUCACUGGAAAGGCUGCUUGAGUCUAAAUAUGGACUGGCUACGUUUCAUAACUUUCUCAAAUCCGAACACAGUGAUGAGAAUAUUGAAUUCUGGCUCACCUGUGAGGACUACAAGAAAAAUAGGUCUUCAUACCGAAUGUCCUCAAAGGCAAAGAAGAUUUAUGAGCAGUUUAUCAAAGUGGAGUCACCUAAAGAGAUCAACAUUGACUAUCAAACUCGAGAGCAGAUCAAAAGGAACGUCAAGACUCCCACUACCCAGUGCUUUGACGAAGCUCAGAAGAUAGUUUAUGGGCUGAUGGAAAGAGACUCGUACCCACGGUUUCUCCGCUCGGACAUUUAUAGAGGCCUCUUGGAAAGCCUCGCUGCUGACACCACAAAUGGAUGAAAGUGCAGUCAGGAGGGAGAGAGAAAGGACGUAAAAAAAAAACCCUAUAACUGGAAUGUCUGAGCUCCUUCAAGAGGAAGAACUGACAAGAGAGAGGAGGUGGGGAGGGUCAGCCACUUGCAGCACUCCAGCACAAACACUGGCCUCGCGCCUCAGCACUACCACCACCAACACCACCCCGUCCAAAAGCAAGCCACACACCUGCGUGCAGAAGCAGGAAGCAGUCAGCGCGAUAGCGGCCUUGUAGGCAGCGUCUGCACAGGAUGAGACGUUUGAGAAACGGAAGGUCUCAGACACUGAAUGAAUCAGCAGGAUGGCGCACUUCUGCUCUGACUGUUAAGCUGUGUAAGCAAAACCUUCAAUGGACGCCCUUUGGCCUUCUACUCAGAGAUGUUUCCUCUGCAAAUAAAAAAAAAAAAAAAAAGCAGAGGAUGUACGAUGCAAUGCCUGAUUUUUCUCUUUUUUUCAGUGUGUGUGUGUGUAUGAAUAAGAUACAGAAUUAAUGUUGACAUUCAACUGUUAUAUACUUAAAAAUAAGCUGUUGCAAAUGAGCUGGCCCAAAGACAAUAACAACAUCACUAAGAGAAAAUUUAUGAGAAAUUAAGUACAUAACGACUUAUUUUGUGUCCUUAAUCAACUGUAGGAUAGUAAAAUCUAAUGCAUGUGCAUAUACAUUUUUGUCUAGACUGAACGUGAUGAUGCAUAUUUAACAUCUUACAGUUUGAUUUUCAUCUGUUUGCAAAGUAAUCAUAGUUGCAGUUGAAAAUUGGGAUGAUUAUAACAUUUUUUUUUAACUAGCUGCACUACUGAAACACUGAAUUUCCAAAUUAGAAGCUGCUAGGCUGAGUAGAGGCUGACUACUGGCAGAUUUCAAAACCACAGCACUGCAAUGUCAAAGAGUUCUGCGUGAUAACACAUUUGGGUUGUGUAAUGAUAGAAAUAGGAUGUUCCACAUAGCAUGGCAGGAUGUUAAAAUCCCUUAUGUUUCCUGGGAGUACUUCUUUCUAAAGCACAUGGUUUGAAUGUUUGUUCUAAUUCAGGAGUUAAGUUAAAUUUGAAGAUAACUUUUUUGUGUUAUUUAUUGUAAAUUGUCACAGAAUUACUGUUUGUUGUAGUGCCUGUUAAGAUGUUAUUAAUUUGAAUGACAUUAAAUUAUUUUAACAGUCUCCUCAGUAUUAAACAGACUGACUUUUGCUGUUUCUCAUCACAUAAGUGCAGAUGUUUGGCCUGAUGAUGACUACUUUGACCUUGAGUUAGGUCCGACCAUUUGGUUCAAAUGGGCAGGCUCAGAAUGAUGAUUCUGACAUUUGGUUUGCUUUCGCUUUCACAGACAGGAUUUUUUAGGAAAAGAAUCUGGAGGAAACACAAAAGUUCCAACAGUUUUAUUGCCUAAAAUAAGUUCCAGUCGGGCAAUGAAAAUAAAUAAAUAAAAAUUGGCACAAAAAUAAA